GCUGUCUCAACGCCACGACACGAUGAAAUCAAUUCUCCUACAAACCCUGUCUCUUUGUACUUGCACCGCUGCACUCGCAACUCUUGCCAAGACCGACCCUACACAGUAUACGAUGGCCCAACUGGACAACCAAGUCCCGGGCCACAAUGAUGCCACCUACGACACCGUGCCUGAAAAUGAACAGAUAUUCAAGAUCGAGUUCCUUGAGAUCGCUCCGACUCCUAUUAUCGCUGACCGUGUCUUCUUCGUCUACCUCCGCGGUUGUUUACCCGAGUCUAAGAAGAAGGAGCUGGCACUUCCCGACGAGGCUCUUAUUAAUGCAACCCUAAAAAUAAGCGCCUCUGUUGUCUACCCGGAUGGUAGCCACGAUAACGAAGACUCUAUUAUGGGACCAUUAAAGACUACACCCUUUAAUAAUCUAGCUCAUCUUACUAUUCGUGAUACCUAUGGGGUUCAGGUUGACUAUAUGCCCAGUAGCGACUGCAGUGAGAUUUUACUAGAUUUCCAAUUUCUUACAAUGUUUUUAAGAACUGGAAUGUGGACUUUUAAGGUAGAUGCGCGAGCUGGAGAUACAAACAAUACGUGCCUGUUUGCCAUGAAAUUGACACAAUGGUUAGAGGGGAGGCUAAACUAGGAUAUUUGGAAGCUGCGAGAAGACCUUUUAAUUAAACAUGUCAGAGAUUGGAUGUGUUAGUCGCAGAAUUUAUUCUAUAGAGGUUGG